UGGCCCGCUAGAGAUUCUUUAAACCAUUGUUAGCACACUAAGCUCUUGGAGAUUGUGGUGUUACUGUGUAGAGGCUUGUGAAACAGGUGUUUUCGGUAAAAAUAGUUACAGUUGGGGCCGCCAUGUUGCAGCAGGAUAGUAAUGAUGACACUGAAGAUGUUUCACUGUUUGAUGCAGAAGAGGAAACGACUAAUAGACCAAGAAAAUCCAAAAUCAGACAUCCAGUAGCAGCAUUUUUCCACUUGUUCUUUCGAGUCAGUGCAAUGGUCGUCUGUCUGCUCUGUGAGUUGCUCAGCAGCAGCUUUAUUACCUGUAUGGUGACAAUUAUCUUGUCGUGUGACUUUUGGGCAGUGAAGAAUGUCGCAGGUAGACUCAUGGUUGGCCUACGUUGGUGGAAUCAAAUUGCUGAAGAUGGAAAGAGCCACUGGGUAUUUGAAUCUAGAAAGGAGUCCUCUCAAGAGACUAAAACUGUGUCAGAGGCUGAAUCGAGAAUCUUUUGGUUGGGACUUAUUGCCUGUCCAGUGCUGUGGGUGAUAUUUGCCUUUAGUGCACUCUUCUCCUUCAGAGUAGAGUGGUUGGCGGUGGUUAUCAUGGGUGUGGUGCUACAAGGUGCCAACCUGUAUGGUUACAUCGGGUGUAAGGUGGGCAGCAGAAAGAAUUUAACCAGCAUGGCUACUUCACAUUUUGGAAAGCAGUUCUUAUGACAAAACACUGGAGAUGAUCAGACUUCCUGAAUAGAGAAAACUUACGUGCUUUGUUACAUUGGGGAACAACUAAAGAGAUUCUUGACUCUGAACCUUUUAGAGCUUAGUCCAUGUUGCAAUGAGGAGUGUUGGCUUUGUUUUUCCACUUAAAAACUUUAUUUAUAAAAAGGAAAA